GAGGAGACGAAAUCACGCUUUUGUUUGUCAGUGCUGUUCUGUUGCCCCGUCGCCCGCUGGUGCGUUUCGAACUGUGCGUCGCCGUCGCGUGCGUGACAAUUGCGGGUAAACAAAGGCGCGUAUACUCGGGCGUGCAUCAUCGAGGGUUUUAUGUACGGCGCGAGGAUGCGCGAGCGCGACGAGUACUCCAGGUGUUUCCUGACGGGCCAGCCGGCCCAGGUUCCGCUGCUGCCGCCACCGCCGUUGCCGCCGCCGCCACGGGCUCCGGGCUUGGACGCUCUGCACAGCCUCUGCAAGCAGAUCUACCCGGACCAGAGCAAUCCGCUGACAGUCACGGCGAUCGUGAAAUACUGGUUAGGAGGACCUGAUCCCCUCGACUACAUCAGCAUGUACGCAAAUUCGGGAUAUCCCGACCUCGGAGUACCUCCGCACUGGCAUUACAUCAGUUUAGGAUUGUCCGACUUACACGGCGACGGCCGAUUACAUCCGAAGCCUGCCCCAGGCCGUUCCAGCGGAUUCGGAUUCGAGCUGACCUUCCGUCUCGCUCGCGAGAGGGGCGAGACGACGCCGCCCACGUGGCCGGCAAACGUGAUGCAGCAAUUGGCCAAAUAUGUUUUCAAUUCCGGGAACACGCUGAUGCCGGGCGACCACGUAUCUUGGCACGCUCCGCUGGACGGCAGAAACGGUUGUAUCACCCAGAUUUUGAUGGGACAGGACCCGCAGCUUCCAACGUCAAUCUCGACGCCCCACGGCGAUGUCUCGUUUGUUCAAAUCGUCGGCGUUACUUCUGAGGAACUGCAGGCGGCACAACACUGGAACGGUCUGGGUGUCGUUAAUUUGCUUAGAAGCGCGAGGGGCUGCGGUCCAUGGUUAGUCACCGACAUGAGAAGAAUGCACUCCGCCAUGGAGGACGAUCCCUCUAUAGCAGAGAAGAUCCAAUGCGGCAUCGAAAGAGACGGGUCGAAUACCAGCGGCGUGUCCGCCAAAUGUUGGUGGGUGCAAAUAACGAACGACAGAAGCGCGGAGAGAUACAGGGAGAAGAGGGACGAUUCCGACGACGACGAGGACGUGAAACCGAUCGUGAAAACGGAGAGGCUGUCGCCGUGCGAGCAGCAGGACGCCAACGUCUCCGACGAAAAUAGUAUUAGAGCUCUGUCCGGACUGCACCUAACAUUCAACCUUGAAGCUGGCUCGUUAUUGCCGUUGGCGAUAAAGGGCCGCGUGAUGCAUGGGAGGCAUUUCACGUUCAAAUCCAUAUUGUCUCAUUCGGCUGUUACGAUAGUUGCGCCAUCGGUUACGGGCACUUUUGUGUCCAAAGAGAAGCCGUACGUCGUUCAAGGGCCGUGGCUGCAGGUGCUCCUCUCGGAAGAGCUGUCUGAGAAGAUGGCCGAGGAAUUCCAAGUUCUGAACGCGCCAGACAAGAUCCAAUUGCCAAAGACGUUUUCUUGGCCGGAACAUAAUUUAGUCAUCACCAUCAUCAAUGAUUAAAACUAUCAAACGAUGCGACACAUGAAGAGCAUUCUUCAUACUGUUUAAAUAUAUUUAAAUUAAAGAUAGGACAACGAAAGUAUUAUUAAGCCUCAUUGUAGGUCGCGAAUCUUUCUAUUUAUACCUACGACAUUUCCCAUGACUCUCUAGCAUAAGGUUUUAUAAUUUAUAAACGUCAUCUUUAACGCGUUUAAAUGUUCAUCAAUGUGCGAAAGCAGAUGCGAUUUAAAAAAAAUAGCGGUGUAUUUUUCUACACACGAAUAUUCCAACGUCUCUCUUUUACAAAUUGAUGCUUGCUUAUACAUAUAUAUAUACAUGAAAAAUUUCUAGAAUGCUUGUUUAAAUAGACAAUAUUGUUAUAUCAAUGCAAAAACGACAUGUAAAAAAGUGUUGCGAAUUUUUCAUGUAUACUUCACUAUGUACAUAAUAACGACAUAAAUUAUAUGCUAUUUUACGACGAAAUUUUAUAUACGCUUUACACAUUGUUAUAGAUAAUAAACGUUUAUGUAAAUAUCUUAUAGGGACAUUUGUACUUCACAAAAGGAAAUCUUAUGUAAUUAUAUCAGUUAUUCUUUUAUGA